AUGAGUUACAAAAACGCGAGGCUGGAAAACGUGGUGCGCCCCAGGACCUUCAAAGGACCGCUUCUCUGUUUGUCCUGCCUGUUCUUCCUGGCCCACCCCUUCAUCGUAGCACCAGUGAAUCUCCUCCCAGGUGUUGAGCCCAACCGCCAUUAUGACCUCCGAAUCUUAGCCGAGGCGAGCCCCUCAAAUGGGGGGGCGCAACCGGGGGGAAGCAGCUCGCAGGAUAGCAGUACACAGGAUAGCAACGCAAAUGAGAGCACCUCCCAUGAGAGCAACGCACAGGUGCGCCGAGCCCAACCGAGGAACCCGCCCGGGCAGGCACAGCCAACGCAGGGGGCACUCCCAAAGGACCCCCAAAACCUCUUCCACGGAAUCCCAAGAAACCGACUGGGGAACUACAAAACGAGCAGCCCAUACUUGAGAAACGAAAAAAACAAACAAAAUAAAAAAAAAAAAAAAUCACAAAAAAGGGAUGACCCCAAUAAUGAAAAACACAUCCCCGAGCAAAGCAUAAAAUUAACGGAAGAAGAAGUCCUAGCCAGACUGAAUAAUUUAAAUGGAAUUGUUUCCAAAAAAGACAUGUACAUCCUCUGGUUUAACCUUCACAAUCUUUAUGUUCGCAAGUACUAUGCCAUGAUGAAGGAGGUGUGGAUGAAGGCAGAGUCUUCUGCAUCCCGCCGUAACAUCCCACAACAAACUCUUGAAGAACUUUGGUGGAGAGUCUAUGCCAGCCUCAUUAAUGAACUUAGGGAAAAGGACAAAAGCUGCGUAAACGACUUUUACAGCUUGCUUGACAAAGGAGAAUGCACAUCUGAUGUGUACAUAUCUUUCCUCGAGGGGAGAAGGAAGGUGUGGACCGACGCGAUCAACAUGAUGAGGUACAAGUGGUGA